GCGGAUUGGAAAAAUCCUGACAGCCCAGCCUCUUGCAUAUUAGUAUAGCAGCACACCUCGACCAACACCCGCAUCAGACGCGAUAUCUACUGCCCAUUCCCGCUCGAGAUUCUUACACGGCAGAGUCGUUUCUUCGCUGCUGUCCGACCGCAUCUUCUGCACCGUACCCGCCUCCCAAAUUGCGCCCCUUCCAACCGCCACCCUGGCUCAAUCAAUCACCAUGCCGAAUACACCACCGCCGGCGUUACUGCCCCCACCAGAAGGCAUCUUCCGGACCUUUGACGACUUGAUGGCCUCCGUCCAGCGUGUCGCCAAGGACCAGGGCUACGGAAUUGUCAAGUUGCGCGCCUCCAACUACCGCGACGGAAAGCCCACCCGCUACGACUUGGUCUGCGACCGCGGCGGCGUCAAGUACAACAGCACAGCGAAGAAGCGCAAUCCCUCCACUCGCAAGAUCGACUGCCCUUUUCGCGCAAAGGCUGUCUGCGAAGUCCAGCUGGGAAAUCAAUGGCGCUUUGCCAUCCAAGAGGGCCGUCACAACCACGAACCACGCGUCCCUGCUGGCACACCCGGCCAGGAGAAUGCCCCGUUGGCCACCUCGAUCCGAUCCUUCACCAACAAGCUCGAUCGCCUCAACCACGACAUGACCCAGGGCCUGAUGCGCAUCGAGCAACGCCUUGAAAACAUUGAGAAGCGAAUGGAAAACCUCGAGGCCCGUGCCGGCGGAUACGAACCCCGGUUCCAGGCCAUCGAGUCCCGACUCCAAGGCAUGGAAGGCCCGCGCAUGGACGGCAUGGGCAUGGACGACGUCGAGUCGCGCCUGCUAGCCUCAACGGUCAUGUAGGGAAAUGACCAGAGUGCUGGACACGCUGUGGGAGGGAGCUCGUAAGGAUCCCCUCCAGGUGAGGUGGGCCUCGAGACCUCAG